GUUUGAUCAUAAACCACUUAAACUCCAGGCUCACUGGAAGGGGAAACUUUAGAGUGAAGUGCAGCAUUGGUUUCUCUCGGGGAAGGGAGCUUUCUUCUCUUUUUCUUUCAGCCUCCCCAAAUACUGAGGACUAUAGCAGCACUCUCCUUUUAAUUUCUCUGUGAACUUGUGUGAAGCUCGUCAGAUUUUUUUGAGUAUGUUCAGCAGCAUUGAGAGAUGCCCUUUAACAGAGUUGUGGAAAAGAGCAGCAUAAAGCAGACAGCAGAGAUGAAGCACGCCUUGUAGAUGGACUAAGGCAGCCCUGGGAUCUUGGUAAGCACUUCAUUCCCUGCAUUCUCUAAGCACUUCACAUUAUUAACAAGUCACUCUAAGCAAUGGAUUGUCUGUGAAGUCAAAACCAGUUUGGCUCUUCUAGAAGAUCUUGCAUCAUUAACUUAAACUCUCAAGGUGAAGUAAAAAUGGCUGUCUAGAGCAAAAUGUAUAAGAGAGAAAAAUUUUGGAGAAGAAAGUAUUGAAUCAGUUGAACAAAGCUUUGAAGCAUUACAAUCUGCAGAAAUCGUCAAGCCCUGAGAAGUCUAAUCAUGAAUUCUGGAGUUGCUAUGAAAUAUGGAAAUGAGUCCCCUGCAGAGCUGGGUGAGCUUCAUUUAGCAGCCCUGGCUUCAUUAAAGGGAGACAUUGUGGAGCUUAACAAGCGUCUACAACAAACAGAAAAGGAACGUGACCUAUUGGAAAAGAAAUUGGCAAAAGCACAGUGUGAGCAGUCCCACCUGAUGAGAGAGCACGAGGAUGUGCAGGAGCGAACAACUCUGCGCUACGAGGAGCGGAUUACAGAGCUGCACAGCAUCAUUGCCGAGCUCAACAAGAAAAUCGAUCGGCUGCAGGGAGCAACCAUAAGGGAGGAGGAUGAGUACUCGGAGCUGAGGUCGGAGCUGAGCCAAAGCCAGCAAGAGGUUAAUGAAGACUCGCGCAGCAUGGACCAGAACUCUGUCUCAGUGCCAGAGAACCAGUCCACCAUGGUCACUGCGGAUGUCGAUAACUGUAGUGACUUGAAUUCAGAACUGCAGAGAGUGCUGACAGGUCUGGAAAAUGUUGUCUGUGGGAGAAAGAAAAGCAGCUGCGGUUUAUCGGUGGCAGAAGUGGACAGGCACAUUGAACAACUCACUACUGCCAGCGAACAUUGUGAUUUAGCUAUUAAGACUGUGGAGGAGAUUGAGGGAGUGCUGGGACGUGACCUUUAUCCAAACCUGUCUGAGGAGAGGUCUCGGUGGGAGAAGGAGCUGGCUGGCCUGCGGGAAGAGAAUGAGAGCCUCACAGCCAUGUUGUGCAGCAAAGAGGAGGAGCUCAACAGGACCAAGGCCACCAUGAACGCUGUCCGUGAGGAGAGGGACAGGCUGCGUAGAAGGGUUCGGGAGCUGCAGACUCGUUUGCAGAGUGUGCAGGCCAUGGGGCCGUCCAGCCCGAGCCGCCUUACUCCUGCCAACCGCCCCGUCAACCCCAGCACAGGAGAGCUGAGCACCAGCAGCAGCAGCAACGACAUUCCCAUUGCCAAGAUUGCUGAAAGAGUGAAGUUGUCAAAGACAAGAUCAGAGUCUUCAUCAUCUGAUAGACCUGUCUUAGGAUCAGAAAUCAGCAGCAUAGGGGUCUCUAGUACCGUGGCUGAACAUUUGGCACAUUCCCUCCAAGACUGCUCAAACAUCCAGGAAAUCUUCCAGACUCUCUAUUCACAUGGAUCUGCUAUCUCUGAAAGCAAAAUCCGAGAGUUUGAAGUGGAGACGGAGAGAUUAAAUAGCCGUAUUGAACACCUGAAAUCCCAGAAUGACUUGCUGACAAUAACACUGGAGGAGUGCAAGAGCAACGCAGAGAGGAUGAGCAUGCUUGUGGGCAAGUACGAGUCCAAUGCCACAGCCCUCAGGCUGGCACUGCAAUACAGUGAACAGUGCAUAGAAGCAUAUGAGCUGCUGUUGGCAUUGGCAGAAAGUGAGCAGAGUCUCAUUCUUGGACAAUUCAGAGCUGCAGGUGUUGGUUCUGUUGGGGACCAGACAGGUGAAGAAAAUGUCACACAAAUGCUUAAGAGGGCUCAUGACUGCAGGAAGACAGCUGAGAAUGCAGCAAAAGCCUUGCUGAUGAAGCUGGAUGGGAGCUGUGGGGGAGCCUAUGCUGUCACAGGCUGUAGUGUGCAGCCGUGGGAAAGCCUGUCCUCCAACAGCCACACCAGUACUACCAGCUCAACCGCAAGUAGUUGUGACACAGAGUUUACAAAGGAGGAUGAGCAGCGGCUGAAGGAUUACAUCCAGCAGCUGAAAAAUGACAGGGCAGCAGUGAAACUGACAAUGCUGGAACUGGAAAGCAUCCACAUUGAUCCCCUUAGUUAUGAUGUUAAGCCACGUGGAGACAACCAGAGGCUGGACCUGGAAAAUGCAGUCUUGAUGCAGGAACUCAUGGCAAUGAAGGAAGAGAUGGCAGAGCUCAAGGCGCAGCUUUACCUGCUGGAGAAGGAGAAGAAGGCUUUAGAAUUGAAGCUGAGCACUCGAGAGGCUCAGGAGCAGGCCUACCUUGUCCAUAUUGAGCACUUGAAGUCUGAAGUGGAAGAACAAAAAGAGCAGAGAAUGAGGUCUCUCAGCUCAACCAGCAGUGGAAGCAGAGACAAACUGGGCAAGGAAUGCAGUGAUGGCACCGCAACACCGCUAACACUUGCUGAGCUGAGACCAUACAAUGAGAGUGAACUGACUGCUGAGCUGACAAAUGCACUCAGGAGGGAGAAGAAACUGAAAGCAAGAGUGCAGGAGUUAGUGAGUGCUUUGGAGAGACUCACAAAGAGCAGUGAAGUCAGACAUCAGCAGUCUGCAGAAUUUGUUAAUGAUCUUAAAAGGGCAAACAGCAACUUGGUAGCAGCUUAUGAAAAAGCAAAGAAAAAGCAUCAAAAUAAGCUGAAGAAACUGGAAUCACAAAUGAUGGCCAUGGUGGAGAGACAUGAAACCCAAGUAAGAAUGCUCAAACAAAGAAUAGCUUUACUGGAAGAAGAGAACUCCAGACCACACACCAAUGAAACUUCACUUUAAAUGCAUCUUUUUAAAGGGUGCUUAGUGCCAUUACAGCUUUCUUUCUUUUGGAGGUUGACUUUUAGGUAGCUUCAGAUGUUAAAAGUUCUGAUUGUCAAUGCUGACAAAACUUAAAAGUUCCUUCUCUGGGAUCCCAGAGAGGUAUCAUGGGGAUAAUAAAAGUGUUAACCUUAAGGACUGUUUCAUAAUGUAAAAUGGCAGUGCCUGAAUUAUAAUGCUAUAAUUGUGUACAUUGUCUGUGUUGUUAUGUCUGUAUUCUCUUCCAUUUUAUCAGUGGCCCAUGGGUGACAGUGUCACACAGCAGAAUAACUCAUGUUAAUAGGUUUUCAUUUGGGUAGUUUGGAGAUCAUGUGGAAGUUUUCCCAGUCCCUGAGUUCUCUCUGCACUCAAGUCCAUAGUGUACCCUCAUGACUCGCUGCUGUGGUUACACCACCAAAGAGGCAGCUGCAGAAUGGGGAUGACAGCCUGGCUGGCUUUUUCUUUGCACCCUGCUUGCAAUUCUGCUGCUCACAGUGCAAUCAGGUAGGAAAACUCCUGUUGAUUUGGGAAAAAAACAAUAAAGUGUAGCUGCAUCUCUGACAAUUAUGACAAAAGUGUAAUUCUUACAAUGCAUAAGAGGGCCAAAGGCUGUGGGUUUCACCAUGCCGCACACACAGUCUGUGCCAAGAGUGGGUAAAAAAUUACAGAAGACCUCCUGGUAUUUAUAUUGCAUGGUGUUUGCAACUACUUAGCUUGCAACAUAGAAGACGUUUUUUCUUCCUAUAUACGCUAUAUCCAAGGUAUUGUUUAAGAAGUUGGGCCAUUUUUGUCAUGUGUGUUGUGCUUACUACAACUUACUGUGAUCAAGAGGUAGAAUGUCUUUUUUAUACUUUCUUUGACCAAAAAUAGGUACUUAAGUAACGUACCUGUUUAAUAUUGAAUACAUAGGCACAAAAUUAUAGAUGUGUAGAUGUAUGGAUAUCCAGCCACAAACAGAAUGUGAAUGAUGAAGUCUUACAGCUUUUCUAGGUUAGUUUUUGUUACUGCUAACAUUCUCUUGUUUAAAUCACAUAUUACUGUAUUACCAAACUGACUGAAGUGCAAAUUUUGGCUUGUUAGGUUAAUGAACAUUAAGCAAAUCAUGGGGAUCAGGUUGAUUUCUGUGGGGGUCAAAAUACAGGAGUCUGCCAUAGCACCUCUUAUAUUCAGAAUUUGCUUUUUUUUUUUUUUUUGACAGAGUACGUAAAAACUAUGUGUUUUAAAAAGCCAAGCUAUAGUCCCUUCACUGUGGUGGCCUGCUGCUGUGUUACGCCUCUGCUUUGUCUUUUCCAGGCUGAUUUUCAGUGAAUCUGAUUUCAGGAGAUGGUUAUCAUUUUUGCUUUACAUGUUGAGUUGCACCUCAAGUUUUUUACUAGUGAAUUUGGAAUUAUGAUAACUUUUCUCAUUUAUGCCUCCCAUUACUAGUACUAAGGAAAUAUUUGAGAGGACUCUUUUUGCCUGCUGUUGAGUUAGGUCAGACAACAUAGUUGUGGGAACUUGUGUUCAGAAUGUGGCAUUAUUGUUAAGUCUUGUUUACAUCUGGAAGUGUAGCAGUUGGUUUUCCAUCUCUUACCACUGUAGCUGCUGUUGUCUUCUGUCCUUAGAGUAGUCAUUCCUACUUCUCUGGAGUCUAGUACAUCAUCCACAAAGCCAGCAUCAAAUGUGGUUGAUUGCAACAGCAAAUUAAAACUAUGCUGAUUUCAAAAUUUUUAGGGAGUGAUGUUCUGGUUUUGAUCAGUCCUCUUUCUCAGAAUAAUUGUACUGUUUAAUUUAUAAUGUGACUAGAAAUUAUUGCAAGUGAGUCUCUUGAGAGGGAGGAGGCAUAUUGAUUUCUUCUGUCUCUGUUGUUCUGCUUAGCAGCCCUCUAUGGUGUUUUCCCUUUUCUGGCCCAAUUUUCUCACACCCAGGAGGGUGGGGGUUUGCCAUCAGCUUCACUGGUAGCUGAGCACACUUGUUUUGAAGAAUCACAAAGUAUCCACCAUUGCUGUGGCAAAAAUGCAGUUACAUUUUGGUCUUCCAGCAUCUGAAACACCCGUAUGACUUGAGGUCACCUCAGAAUGUCCAUGUGAAAUACCUUCCACUGGAGAGGACAGAACUGAGCUGCCUCUCAGACUCUUCUUUUCCCCUAUUUUGAUUAAUGGAAUUACAGAGUGGUUUGGGAAGGACCCUAAAAAUCAUCUUAUUACAAUCUCUUUCUGUGGGCAGGGACAUGUUCCACUGAACCAGGUUGCUCCAUGCCCCAUCUAACUUGGCCUUGGACAUUCAAAGGAUAGGGCUGCCACAACUCCUCUGGACAACCUGACUCAGUGCCUCAGCACCCUCACACAGAAGACUUUCUUCCAUUAAAAAAUUCAGAUACUCAGAGGCAUAAAAAGCUGCAGCCUCAGUGUUUUUUCCACGCCUGACAAUUUGCUGAUUAUUUCACUACGUUUAGCACAAAUCUUCUGUGCCAACUGUGCUCUAGAAAUGCAUUAGAAUAAAUUAUAAAUAAUCAGUAAAUGUAAACCACUCCCAUUUUUAUUCUCAUAAAGGUUGUAGAUGAAAAAGCAAUACUGGUACCAUCCAGCCUCAGCAGUAGCCAUAGUUUGCCAGACCACCAGUUGAUUUAUUUGCCUCAGCAAGCAGCUACUGCAUCAUUUGUUAGCAUACUGGAAAGGAUCAACUGGGAAGUGGUCACAGGUUUAAUGUUACUGUGAAAACUGUUCAUUAGUGAUAAUCAGCUUCAGCUCCAGUGUACCCCAUUAAAAUGGCACCAACCCUCAGAAAAAAAUGCCAUAUAAACCUCAAACUCCUUUUAUGCAACUUUGAAGUACCUGCACACCAGAAAUACCUGAGUGUGCAGUGCACCGUGAGUUACAGCAACUUAACUCUCUUGAAACUUGUUGCAGAAAUAAUAAAUUCGCAAAGCAAGAAAAAAAAAAGGUGAUUCUUGCCAACCUAAGUCCAUUCAUGAAUUAAUGAUUGGACUUUUUUGAUUUUCUUAAGUCACCAGAGUGAAUGAAACUUUGUAUUUUACAGACUGCUCAGAAGAAAUUAACUUUUUUUCUAAUUCUAUGAUGUAUAAAUCUUCACCAGCUUGAAUGUACUGUUAGCUUUUGCUAAGCACAUGUGACUUAAGUUUGCAUUCAUGUCAUAUUCUAUUGGUUUUGUUAGCGUUUUCUCCUCCUCCAGUGUACUGCACCAUGGAUUGUAACUUGAGAAACUUUUCACUUUACUGAAUUAGCUUUCAAUGUGUUGCUACCUUUUAGUUUCCAAGCAGCUGUAAAAUAGCUAUUUUGUGUUCAUUUGAUAUAGAAUUGUAAAAACUGCAUUUAUUUAUACAGAGGCAUUUAUAAUACGUAUUUUACAAAUGUUCUUAUAUUCUGAAUAAAUUUCUAAUGCUGUU